UUGAGCCUGAUCCGUUGUAAGUGAUGACCCAAUCGACCAAUGGGUGGGGGCGGCGCUCUUGGACGUCUCACGUCUUUACACCAAUGAGCGUGAGGGAGGGUGGGCUCUUCAAUAGAGUCGGCCGCGACAUCCAUUUAUAAACUGUAGCCAGGCGCUUUCAGUCCGGCAGGUCGGGCGGCUGCAGUGACAAAUUUAACCUUUACAUAGUUGAUCUGAAUUGCAUUUAUUUUGAUCUCGUCGUAUUUUGUAUACGUCAAAAAUGUACUUUUAAAAUGGCUAGACGAAGAUUCUGAGGUCAAGGAUGAUUCUUCGUAUGGACAAGACUUAACAUGAUCCCACUCAGCCUAGUGAAAGAGAGAACCCAACGAAUUAAAGAAGCUUCAAACAAGUGUAAGAAUAUGCGAGAAAAGAGAAAUGAUUCUGUAGACUUUGUCAAGGAUUUUCAAGAGUAUCUCACUCAGCAAACACAGCAUGUAAACAUGAUUUCCGGUUCAGUGUGUAAUGAUAAGGAACCAGAAUUACUUCAGCCUGCUGGGACAGAAAAUCAUCAAAACGGAAUCCACCAUGCUUCAGUUGAAGUUUCUCUUGAUGAUGGCUCUGGAUUGAUAGGAGAAGGACCGGAGAGGACAGUUGAUGGAAAAUUAAAGUGUCAGUAUUGUAACUAUGCCAGCAAAGGGAUAGCACGACUGAUGGAGCAUACCAGAAUGCACACAGGUGAGAAGCCCCACAGAUGCCAUCUAUGUCCAUUUGCUUCAGCUUAUGAGCGUCACCUCGAAGCACAUAUGCGCUCACAUAGAGGUGAAAAGCCAUAUAAAUGUGAGCUAUGCUCCUUUCGCUGCAGUGAUCAAAGUAACUUAUCCCACCAUCGUAGGCGCAGGCAUAAACUACUUCCUCUGAAAGGACGCAGGACGUCACUGACCAAUAAGAGAAUGAUGGGAAUUUUGCAGAAAAAGUCCAGCUACUCCCUGAACUAUGGAAGAAGGCCUCUAAAUAAUUUUGGACCUUCCAUGUUGACACAGAAGACAACAGAUUACCUUGAUGAGUAUUCUCAUAACAUCUCAGCUGAAUCUUAUGAGGGUCUGACAAAAGCACAGACUAGUGGAAUCUCAAGGGAUGUACAGGAAAUGAUGGUGGAUAAUCCAUUAAACCAGCUUUCUGCCUUAGCUGGCCAGCUUUCCAGCCUUUCACAAGAUGACCAAACUCCAGCAUCUUCUGAUGUGACAUGCAGGGAUGAAAAGCCAUAUCUGAUACCACAGUCUGUAGCACCAAUAGUUACCACUGUAGUCUCUAGUGUGGCUCAAAGCUCAUCCAAUGCUAGUCCUGAUAGACAUCCUGUGCAUAGUCAAAGAACAUUCAGUCCAGUGCCAGGUCCCAACAGUGAGCGCAGUGCUCACAUGAGUUCACCCUGCAUGACGAACAGCCAACCUAGCACCCCUGCUCCUCCAAUUCAAGUCCAGGAUCCACAGCUUCUGCAUCACUGCCAACAUUGUGACAUGUAUUUUGCAGACAAUAUACUUUACACUAUUCACAUGGGGUGCCACGGUUAUGAGAAUCCAUUUCAGUGUAACAUAUGUGGAUGUAAAUGUAAAAACCAAUAUGAUUUUGCUUGUCAUUUUGCCAGGGGUCAACAUAAGCAAACUUAAUGUUAUUUGUAUUAAUAAAGUUAUUAAAAAUUAAUCCAAAUUAAUCUUGUUUCAUUAAAUGGUAACUUCAUUUCAAUCCUUUGUAAAACUAUAAUAAAAACUAGAUUAAUCAAUUGUUAAUUUGUUUAAAAGGAAACUGAAAAUAUUUUCCAGACUGCCAAUGACCUAAUUACUUCUCCACUGCUUGCCUAUCAUUUAUGUAUUUAAAAACAUGAACAGGCUAUUAAAUGUAUUUUAAAAUUGAAGAAAGGUGUUGAUGGGAAAGGUCAAUUAAGCAAGUAAAUAAUUUACUGCAUUUUAUUUCUCCUUAAAAUUGCUGAUGCAUGGUUUGGUGUUGUCCUAACAAGGAUCAUACAUUAGCCUUGGAAGAAUGUAUCUUAUAUUUAUUACAAUGGUAACCUGGAUUUCCAGAGUUAAAGUAAGGUGGGAUUAAUCUACUAGGAUUGCAUCCUCUGGAAUUUAUGUGGUUUAUGUCAAAUCAUCCUAGAAGAUCUUUAAGGUAUUAAGGGAAGCAGUAAGGGCAAUUUUUUUAAAUACCUAGUUGGAGUAUGUAGAACUAUAAAACAAAAUCUUUAAAUUGCAGGCAGACCUUUCAGAAAUGAAGUUAUGAAUCCAUUACAAACAAACAGUACAAAAGUUUGGAACUGUUUUUUUGCUUCAGAAGUUGACAUUAGAUGAAUUGUAAAUUUUAAAACCAAAAUCAAUUCGGAACCAAAAGUCACAGAUACUGAGGGACUGUUUUUGGAUAAAGUUAGGUAGGUGGAGUUAGGUCACAAAAUGGAAAAUAAUGAGCUUGAGUAGCUAAAUGAUCGUCUCUAGUCCUUGUACCUACUUCAAGUGACUUAAGUUCAAAUUGGCUUGUGCGGUUAUUUAUCGUUGCAACCAUGUUGGAUCCAAUCCACAUCACAUGUUUUCAAUCAUCUCUCACUUGAAUGGAAAUUUAUCUUUCUCCAAACGCACUUAAAUUUCUAGCCUAGGGUGGAGAGGCCAGUUACAGCAUUUUAUUGCUACUCUUUGGAAAUAGAAAAUUGAUUUUAAAAGGAUAUAUAUAAGGUUUUAAUAAUAUAGUUCUCUUCAGAAAUCAGUGACUUUUUUAAAAGAAUUAUUUUGAAGCAUUCUUGGCUGGAGCAUUUGAAUAAAUCUGCUGAACAUUAUAUAAAGAUCCAUGACAUUCAAUAGUUGUGCUUUAAAUAUGAAAGCAGUACAAAGUACUUAUUUCUCCCUGUAAAGUUACUUAUUUUUGCUGGUAUUGAUAAUUUGAGUUUCUACCAUAUCUUUACUGAGGGCUACUUCCUUGGUUUGCCAGUGUUAUCGCCUGGCAACCAGGUUUCAAUAGAAAAGUUGAAAUUGCAUUUCCUUAGGAAAUAUCUGAUCUUUUUCCACUGUUCCUGGUGAAGAACAGGAUCUCAUGUAAAGAAUUGAACAGAAUCUUGUAUUACCCUAUCACCUGACGUAAUGACUUCAUCCUAGGUCUGCUUGAUUUAAUUUUGUUUUC